GUGAACAGUGUAGAAACUAAACGUAACAAAUGUCAAAAACACAAAACAAGUUGCGUUGUAGGUAGGACUGUUUUUAUGGACUUGCAAAACAAACAAACAUGAAUAUUCAUUGAGUCUUUUAGUUAAAGUAUAAUACAAUAAGAAAAUGAUGUCUGGUGUUAAAUUAGAAGUCUUAUGGUCACCUGUACACCACGAUAAAUUUAUAUUAUGGGGCCCAGACAUAACCUUAUACGAAGUUUCUCGGAUAAAGGAAAUUGAGAAAAAAACAACAUUCACUCCAAUAUCGUCAACAAGGGGUGCGACAGUGCUAGCUUCACAGAGCGCGAGUGGAGUCCGCUGUGUAGACAUUAGUGCCAUCCCUGAGCAGCCGGAGCCACUGCUGGCACUCGGCUACGCUAAUGGAAGGGUGGCACUCACCACAUUAAAGCAAACUUAUGACCCAUUAGGAUUGGUUGGGAGAGAGUUUACUCCUCGCUACUCUCGGCUCUGCAACUCAGUGUCAUGGAGUCACAUGGAAAACAACAUGCUGGCAGUGGCCAUGGAGAAAAAUCGCAGUGACCACUGCAUCCUAAUAUGGGAUGUGUACCGGGGAUCCAUACUCUCAGAGGAGGCUAAAGCAACUGAUGCUGCAUCAUCAUCAUCAGUCACAGAGGCCCCUCGGCCCCUGGCUGAGAUGGGGCUCUCGGAGACUGCUCACUGUGUCACCUGGGCUAACUUCUCCAGCCGGACUCUCAUAGCAUCCAUGAACCUUAAAUAUAUCAAGAUAUUUGAUCUCAGAGACAUGUCGAGCAAGGCCGUGAACAUGACGAGCACGCGGUACUGCUACGGCGUGUGCGCGGAGCCGUGCGGCGGGUUCCAGCUGGCGUCCCGCGGCGACGGCGUGGCCUGCGUGUGGGACGCGCGCGCCCUGCAGCGCCCGCUGCUGACGCUGCAGCACCCGCGCCCGCUGCAGCAGCUGCAGUGGUGCCCCACCCGCCGCAACCUGCUGCUCUGUCUGCAGCGCGACUCCAGCUCGCUGCGCGUCUACGACAUACAGCAGGCGACCAGCGACAACAAGGCCAAUAUGUCUGACAGCGCGCUGGCUGGACAAGCAGUGGAGGCGGAGCUAGAGGAGCAGAGCACCCCGGGCCCCAGCGUCAUCGAGCGGGACGUGACGGUGGGCUCCGCCCCCGCCGCGCCGCUCGUGGCCUUCAGCUGGCACCCGGCGCACGAGGCCCGGCUCCUGGCCGUGUGUGCCACCGGAGCCCUGGUGGACUACACCGUGUGCGAGCGGGUCACUGUGUCCUGGGGUGGCGAGGGCUCGCUCGUAUGGACGAGCGGGGGCGGAGCCCUGCGUCUGAUGCGGGACGACUUCUACGCUGCUAUUAAAGAUAUCUCGUACGUAAUGAAAAAGAGAGCUCAGACUGACUAUGGACUGAAGCCAGAUUUAUGGCAGAACGCAGACUUGGCAGAUGACGAUGCGCUGAGUGGUCUGUGGCACUUCCUGGCGCUGAGCAAGUCCCUGGUGGAGGACGGCUGCAUCCGCAACAGUCCGUGGAAGCACCCCGGCGUGCGCACCGUGCUGCGCUCCGUGGGCGACGGCGGGUACCGCUCCGAGAUAGUGCCGUCGCUGCUGCCCGACCUGCCCAACCGCCGCGUCACCAUCUACAGGAGUGCGGAGCGCACGCGCGCGCUGCAGCUGUGCGGGUGGGGGUGGGGGUGGGAGAACGCGCUGGCGGGCGUGGAGCGCGCCGAGGCGGAGGGCACGCCGUGCCGCGCGGCCGCGCUGGCCGCCUUCCAGCUGCGCGUGCGCACGGCGCUGGACGUGCUGGCGCGCGCGCAGUCCCCGCUGCUGCGCGUCGUGGCGCUGGCGCUGGCCGGGCUCAGCGACGAGCGCCUGUGGCGGGAGGCGCUGGGCGCGGCCGCGGCGGCGCUGCCCGACCCCUACCUGCGCGCGCUGCUGCGCUUCCUGGCCGCGUCCGCGCCCGCGCACCCCCACCACCACCCGCCGCCGCCGCACCAACCAGACCUCGCCGCCGUGCUCAACGAGACGGAGAUGCGUCUGGAGGACCGCGUGGCGUUCGCGUGCAUCUUCCUGUCGGACAGCGCGCUGCACGAGUACGUGGCGGCGACGAGCGCGGCGCUGGCGGAGCAGGGCGAGCUGGGCGGGCUGCUGCUGACGGGCGCCAGCCUGGACGCGCUGCCGCUGCUGCAGCGCUGGCUGGAGGCCACGGGCGACGUGCAGUCCGUGGCGCUCGUCGCCGCGCGCUGCUUCACGCCCGACCUGCUCAAGGACCCGCGCACUAUGAACUGGCUCGAUAGCUACCGCUCCAUCCUGGACAGCUGGCAGCUGUGGUGGGCGCGCUGCGCGCUGGACACGUGGGUGUGUGGCGCCGGCGCCGCGGCCGGGGACUGGGCGCCCGGCGCCGGCGACUGGGCGCCCGGCGCCGGGCCCGUGCCGCGCGCCGUCUGCGUGGCCUGCACCUACUGCGGCAAGUCCGUGGCGGCGCCGCCCGGCCACGCGCGGCCCCGCGCCGCCUUCACCCGCCUGCCGCCGCCCGCCGCCAAGAUGAAGCAAAUAUCUUCAUGUCCGAACUGUCGCAAGCCCCUCCCCCGGUGCGGCGUGUGCUCCCUGCACGUGGGCACGGGGGCGGGGGGCGGGGGCGCGGGGGCCGCGGGGGCGGGGGCGGCCUUCGGCUCCUGGUUCAGCUGGUGUGUCGCCUGCAGGCACGGGGGACACGCGCAGCAUCUCAUCAACUGGUUCAAAGAGCACACGGAGUGUCCGGUGAGUUCGUGUAACUGCCACUGCGCCACGCUGGACCCGCCCGACAGGCACUAGUCACUGCAAACUGUACCUUACGUCUACCUACGUUAGACCUACUUCAGUUUGUAUGGUAUGUGAACAAUCUUAUAUUUUGUCAUAUUCUAAGUGUAUCAAGAUUAAGAAAAAUACUAAAAAAAAAUUAUUCGCAAGAAAAUCCAUUUCUAAAUACAAUGAUAGUCAUCUGAUGUUUAUAGAUAUUCAAAAAGUAACAUUCUAGUCUUGGCCUAAAGUAGUGACAGCAAAUAUUUACACACUUAAACAGAGGGCGCCACUAAUACGUUUAUUAUUAAAAUUAUUUUACUGCUAUAAUUUCAAACCUAAUAUCAAAUUAACACUGAUUAUAAUGAUUACAAUCACUGAACACGAGUCGGCCCACAGUUUUCUGAAUAGAUGUCCGCUGGGAGUCCAAAAGAAGACUUAGUACUGUUUUACAAUCUCCUCCUUAUCGACGCCUAUAUUAAUAUCAGUGGUACAUAGUAGCCAAUUGAAGUUCCUCAUGACUUCAUAAUAUGAAAACUAAAUAUGUGCUGCACUACAGACUGGGCUUGGGUUAGUUAUAGAAAGUAAAUAAACCAGAAAAUAAUGUCUACAAGCUCAAAGCAAACCUCUUCUGUCUAUUUAUGUAAUAUAAGUAUUUUGUGUUCAUAGCGUAAGGCAGAAUGUGUCGCAUAUAUUUUUAUACCUAGCUGUAAGAGAUUGGUCAUUUUUGUACACACUAGCUUUAUCACAAAAUCAAAUGUAUAUAGAUUAUAUUAUGCUGUAUAGUAUUGACACAGCUGAGUAUGACAUGUUAUAAAUAACUUGUGAUUGUAUUUAGUAAUUUUGUAUUAUUUACAGUUAUAUGUUAUAAAUGUGUUCGGUAAUGUUAGUUUAUAAUAAUUUUGUUACUAUGUUGUCAUACUUACCUCAUUCUGUUGACUGUAAUGAUGAUUUCUAUUGCUUGCAUUUAUUGAGUGGUUAUAGACAUUUUAAUUAAGUAGCAUAUAAUGAAUGUCAAUUGGGUACUGAGUGACAACAGCUGUAUAUGUUGCUACUGAUUUGGAACCAAUGGAAUAAUGUUAUCGAAUGAAAUAUUAUGUAAAUAAAUCAAAGUACUGUAAAUCCCA